UUUUUUACUUAGUUUUAUAAACUGCACAAUUUCGGUAUCUUUUCAUUUUCGAUUUCAUUCCCCCAACCGCCGCCCCCCCCGCUCCCCCGCUCCUCCUCAGCUAACCUCCCACAAAUCCCUCGAUUCCGAACAGUCCCCGGGCCGAUCCAACGAGCGAGAUGGCUCUGUCUCAUAUAGCGUCUUCAUCAUCUCGUUCUGCUCUCGUCAAGCCCCUCGCUGCCCUAUCGUCGUCACCGUCUCUCCGGCGGCCAUUUUCGUCCGCCGAUGACUCCACUAUCACAGUUGAAACCAGCGUCCCCUUCACCGCCCACAAAUGCGAUCCUCCGUCGCGCACGGUUGAGACCACUCCGAAGGAGCUCAUGACCUUCUUCAGAGACAUGGCGAAGAUGCGCCGCAUGGAGAUCGCCGCGGACUCGCUCUACAAGUCCAAGCUGAUCCGGGGAUUCUGCCACCUCUACGACGGCCAGGAGGCGGUGACCGUCGGCAUGGAGGCUGCGAUCACGAAGAAGGAUUGCAUCAUUACAGCUUAUCGCGAUCACUGCACCUUCAUCGGUCGCGGCGGAACCCUACUUGAGGCAUUCUCGGAGCUGAUGGGCCGGAAGGGUGGUUGUUCGCGCGGUAAGGGUGGGUCUAUGCAUUUCUACAGGAAGGAGGGAGGGUUCUAUGGCGGUCACGGCAUCGUUGGGGCUCAGGUGCCUCUAGGUUGUGGAUUAGCGUUUGCGCAGAAGUACUCCAAGGACGACACUGUUACCUUCGCUUUGUAUGGCGAUGGCGCUGCGAACCAGGGUCAAUUGUUUGAAGCGUUGAAUAUAUCCGCUCUUCUGGAUCUGCCUUCGAUUUUGGUCUGCGAGAACAAUCACUAUGGGAUGGGUACAGCAGAAUGGCGGGCAGCAAAAAGUCCUGCUUAUUACAAGCGUGGCGAUUAUGCCCCUGGGUUGAAGGUGGAUGGUAUGGAUGCCUUUGCUGUGAAGCAGGCAUGCAAAUUUGCCAAGGAGCAUGCUUUAAAGAAUGGUCCUAUUAUUCUUGAAAUGGACACCUACAGAUAUCACGGUCACUCCAUGUCUGAUCCAGGAAGCACUUACCGUACGCGUGAUGAGAUUAGUGGUGUGAGACAGGAGCGUGAUCCAAUUGAAAGAAUAAGAAAGUUGAUACUAACUCAUGACUUGGCUACUGAAAAGGAGCUGAAGGAUAUUGAGAAGGAAAUAAGAAAAGAUGUAGAUGAAGCCAUUGCAAAAGCCAAGGAAUGUCCAAUGCCAGAUCCUUCUGAACUCUUCACUAAUGUGUAUGCAAAAGGCUAUGGAGUUGAGGCAUUUGGAGCAGACAGGAAGGAAGUCAGAGUCGCGCUUCCUUGAAUCUGGUGGUUCCUGAAAUCGUCACCAGCAGACCUUCCACCUCCCUUCCCAGAUAUUCGAGCAGGAGAGAAGGAAAAAAAGUGGGGAAAAACAACAACAAUAAAGGGUUGAGACAGUAGUCUCUUCCUGGCUACAUUUUUUUGUUAUUUUGAUUUUUUUUAGAUAUAUAGGGAGCUGGUAGCUUUGAAAUCCUGGCAGAAAUUUCAAAUUUCAGGCCAUGUUCUUUUAUUAUACGUAGGGACGCCCCCAGAUGCUUUUUGACAUUCAGUCUGCCUGUAUUGCUCGAGUAGUUAGGAUUGCUUUAUUCUUCCUCUUGUCAGCUUCUUAUCACAUGCCGUGUCAUAUUUUGCAUUCACGCAUUUUGCUUUUUUAAUUUUUUGGUACCUUGGAUUCUCAUCCAGCUUGGAUCUGUGAUGUGCAAAAUACAAAAUAACAAAUGAAUGGUCCAGAGAUUGCUUGCCA